AUGAAGAAUGUUCUGCUUGGAUACGUUAAAAAAGGAAAGAGAUUUAAUGAAUUGAAUAAUAAAAAAGGGAUAGAAAAAAAAUUUGUAUCAAAAAUAGGUGGCAAACCAUACUGGCUCGAUAUAAUAAAUUUACCAGAAGAAGAUAACUUUAAAUGCAUAAUUUGUAAUAAGUUAUUAUCAUUUUUGUUACAAAUAUAUGCACCCAUUGAUAAUAUAGGACAUUGUUUUCAUAGAUGUUUAUAUUUAUUUGUAUGUUUUAAAUGUGGUGACCAAGUUAAAUGUUUUAGAACCCAAUUGCCCCGAAAUAAUCCGUUUUACAAUUUUUAUUUAAAUAACAAUUUGAAUACCAAUCCAAAUGAAAAUGAUAGUAAUUCUAGUGAAUCUGAUCAGGAUAAUAUAGAAAUGAUAAAAAAUGGACAAAUCCAAAAUAAAUUUAAUGAAUUAAGUAAUUUUGAAAAUGAAGCCAACGAAUUUACAACUACAGAAAAUGAUUCUACUGAUAACGACUCAGAUGUAGAUGUCACAAAAUACAGAGAAUUAUAUUCCACAAAUUUAGUAACUGCUUCUGAAGAUUUAAACAAUUCAACUACUAUAUUUACUGAUAUAUGUAGCACUAUAUGUCCUGAUGAUUUAGCAAAUACACCUCUACAUCUAACUACAACUUUGAAUAAAACUGAAAUUGUUAAAAAUAAGGAUGGAAAAUUAAUUGAAAAAAGUACAUUUAGUAAUAUAAACAAAGUGAAUAAUAUAAAUAAAGAAAUUUUUGACAAAAAUGUAGAAUACCUUUUAUGCUGUAAUAGAUGUGGUAUACCAUGUAAAGAUAAAAAAAAUAAUUCAGAAAAAAAAAACAAUAAAUUUCAUAAACAAUGUGAAAUGAAAAAACAUAUAAUAAUUUUAGAAAAUAAAAUACAUAUAAAUGAUGAAUAUGAUUGCGAAAGUAGUAGUAUAGGAUCUGAUAGCUAUUCUGACGAAAGUGAAGAAUAUAAUGAAAAGGAUCAAAUAGAAAAAGUAGAUAAUGAUGAUGAAGUUGACAUAACUGAAAUGAAAGCCAUGGAGGACAUACAAAAAGAAGUAUUUAAAAAUAGACAAAUAGAUAAUGUAUUUUUAAAUUAUAUUAAAAAAAUAUCUCGAUUUCCUAAACAAAUUAUUAGAUAUUCUUACAAGGGUAAUCCUUUAUAUGCAACAAAUGAUUUUCAAAAUAAAAAUAAAAAUAAUAUAUAUUCCAGAGAAUAUGAUGAUAAAAAAAAAUCUAUUACUUUUGAAAAUGUACCAAAUUGUUAUAUUUGUAAAAAAAGAAAAGUUUUUGAAUUUCAAGUUUUAUCCACAAUAAUUAACUAUUUAAAAAUAAAAAAUAACAAUUUAGACAAUCAAGAAUCUCAAAAAAAUCUCAAAUUUAUGACUAUAAAUAUAUAUACUUGUGAAAACAAUUGUGAUGUAUUUGAUGUUAACAUUACAAAACAGAGAACAAAUGUCCCACCUCUAGGCCGAUAUAUACAGGAAUAUGUGCAUGUAGAAGUGGAAAAUUGA